CCUUUGGUGUGAAAGUGUAGUGCACCCUUAUGGAGCAAGGAAAACCACUUUUUCUAUCAUGCAAGAUAGAAAUAUUCUACCCUAGCGAUUAAUAUCAGUAGGUAUAUACUAUUCAUGUGGACUUAUGAGUGACACAGUGGUAUGCCAGCAUGAUGUUGACUGCUAGCAGCCAUUUACAGUCAACUUGAACUUUUAAACAACUUCCAAGUUUGCUAUGUAAUGCAAAGGACCUUAGAAACGACGACAGUGGAUCUGUUGGCGGUCCAGAUCAUACAAGAACUUACGGCUGGAGGAACUUGGCGCCCUUGAUCAUCAUCCUGGAAGCCGUGAGGAAGUCCUGUGCCUUGGCGUUGUCCAGGCAAGCCAGCCUGUUCAGGCAGUCGUACUUCUCGAUGCCAGAGCUGACCAUGUAUGUCAGGAUGAACAGGACGUCACUCCCGUCCAUCAGCUGGGAAUCGUCCUCGAUGGAGCGCCCGACGAAGCCCACGCCGAAGCCGCCCAGGAUGAAGAUGACCAGGAGCUGAGGAGAGGGAGCGCAAAAAGAGAGGCGGAGCCUCAUUCAUCUCCCGUGGAGCAGCCCCACACGUAGCCAGCCAGACACCAACCGAUGUUCUCACAAGUCGCAACAUCGCCAAGCAGCCACAAGCACACCUGGUGCCAAGGGGAUAAGUUCGACGGACCGGGCUCCUCUUAUCCAGCUCCAUCUCCUCCUCCACCCCACCUCUACCUCCACCUCCUUCUACUGUUUAUCAAGGAAUUGGCCCUCCAAGAUCAAUCGGUGCCGUUAUGAAUGGAUCGAAAUAGUCUUGUGGACUGACUCCCAAGUGGAUGAGUGGAAGUUACGUGAACAUAAGUUGAUUACUGAAUCUGGGUCUUGCGACCGUAAUGAGGACAGGCGUAUGUACCGUUUCCAGAGGGGUCUAGUGAAAGAUACAUGCAGACAGGAGACUCAUCAAGAGGGUCCAUGUAACGGAAGACUCGUCAGGACGAAGGAAGCCUUCAUGAUAAUAAUUUAGUCAUCAGCACUUAUUAAAGACAAGUUCAACGUCAUCGUCAAACUUCUUACUGAAUAAGAUAUAAGCAUCCUGAUCGAGAUGACAAGAAGCAGCAUCACCCAAUGAAUGAGGAGGACACCUCAGUACAAAAAAAAAAAAAAAUAAAAAAAAAAAAAAUAAAAACCGAGAGCCUAAUAAGCCAUGGGUUCAUGUCUCAGGAGAAGAUCCCCCACCGACCAGGGCCUGCUCCCUUGCCCAUACCGCCGUUCGAGGAGGGCCCUGCGGAGCUGGCUUUAUCGGGCGUCGAUCUUCGUCGCCAUGAUGAUGUUCUUCGCCUUCCAGUUCCUCGCCACGACGGAGAACCGGGUCCCUUGGCCUGGGAAGGCGCCUGCGCACAAUGUGUCAUCCAACGGCAGUCGUAAGGCCCCGGAUGCUAGUCUAGACGACGUACAAAGUGACAGCGGCUACAGCGAGAGCUUCCUCGAGAGAAUCGAGUACGCCGUCAUCAAAUUCUUCGUGGGGAAGGUCGUCGCUGCUCACGAGAGGAGGCAGAAGGCCGCCGAAGCUGCCUUGUUGAGUAGGGCGGCGGCAGCGGAAGUCUCGAGCGUUGGAGACAGAAUUCACUGGAAGCCGUUGGCGACAAUCUCGAGAAACGGCCGCGACUCGGGAGCGAUAGAUUACGAGUACGUGAAUGCCGAUAACAGUGAGGUGAGUCAGCCAGAAGUUCGGAGAGAAGCAAGGGUCACGAACAGCACAGUCGUAUCAGAUACUCCCAAGACAAUAGUCAUGUACACGAGGUUCUUCGGCCGUCGCAACUGGACGCGCAUCUUCGGGAACAACACUGACCUCGAAGGUCAUGGCUGCCCCGUGUCGAACUGCGUCUUCACCUACGACCGUUCCAAGGCCCCAGAAGCGGACGCCCUCCUCUUCCAUGCCAGGGACUUCAAGGCUCACGGCCUUCCAGGCGUACGGAAGCCCUACCAGCGGUAUAUUUGGAUGUACCACGAACCCCCGGGUAUGGAAAACGCGGAGCUCAAUCAAGUCCCGGAUGGAUUCUUCAACUGGACGUACACUUACCAUAGGGACUCUGAUCUCCUUUUCCUAUAUGGCGGUAUUCAGCCCCUCCACGAGGGUAACCCGAAUGUAAAUCGACCAGGCCUCCUCGACCCGUCUGGCGAAACGUACCGAGAGUAUCUGCAGGCCCUUGGACAGGAGAACGACUCUGCUCCGGAGGACACCCAGCCUCAGCCUUCUGCUCCUCCUUCUCCUCCUCCUCCAUCACCAGACAAGCUCGAGAACUCGGAAGGACGUCUCAACGGGACCUCCUCCUCCUCCUCCUCUUCCUCCUCCUCCAACGAUCCGCCCGACCAGAGGAAGCUGGUCGCCUGGAUGGUGUCGCAUUGCAACACCUGGUCGGGUCGAGAGCUGUACAUCCAGGAGCUGAUGCAGUACGUGGACGUCGACAUCUACGGCAAGUGUGGACCGCUGAGUUGCGGGAAGACCCACCUUGACAGCUACUGCUACUCUGAGGUUCUCGCCACCAACUACAAGUUCUACUUGUCUUUCGAGAACAGCAUGUGUGAUGACUACAUUUCGGAGAAGGUGUGGUAUCCUCUCCAUUACGGGCUGGUGCCCGUUGUGUACGGUGGUGCCCGAUACCAGGAGUUCCUUCCUCCUCAUUCCUACGUAGAUGCCACUGACCUGACGCCUUCUCAGCUGGCGAAGCUCCUCAUCAAGUUAGGUUCGAGUUCCGCCCUGUACAACAAGUACCACCUGUGGCGGAACUACUGGCGGGUGAUGGUUCCUCCACCGAUGUGCGAGCUUUGUCACCGCCUUCACUUCGACCAGGCGCCUUCAUCCGUGAAGAACCCCCAGAGGUGGUGGAAGGAAGUGAACAAUUGCACCACUCGCUACUCCUUCCUGCAAUAUCCGCGCCAUGAUCUCAGGCUAAUGGUCACCAAAGUCGACGCCGGGAUCAAGCUCUUUCGCAAGAUGGUGGAGUCCUUCUUAUGAGUAAUUCGGAGAAGAAGAAUAGGAAAAAGAACGAGAAAGAGAAGAAGAAGAAGUGGAAGAAGACGUAGGCUGUGAGGCUGUCACCAUAGAUAUAGAGAAGACUGUUCAUUAUCGUGCUCUCCCUCGUCUCUGUUCCGAUUUCCAAGAAGAAGAAUAGGAAGCUCGUGUGAUUUAGAUAAUUCAUGAUUUAUCCCAUACCUUCACUCAUUGCUAACACACACGAUAUAAACAAACUAAUAUUCCUCAACAAAUAAAAGUUAGCAUGACUAAUCUUUGUAUUUCUGAUCUAAUUUUGCAGGGGAGUACAUUGGCUCCUGUAAAAGAAGCCAGAUAACUAAAAUAAAGAAGAAGAAAGAAGAACUUGAAGCGUUCAGAGGCUAUGAAGUUUAGAUUUUAUGUUUUUAAUUUAAUAAAUCUAUGACCAAGA